AGUCUGGUAGCUAUGCGGUUGGUGGGAACUGCGUGGUAGGUGAGUCUUUUCCUGUUCGAUAAAUCCCUAGUUCAUAUCCCCAGAUAGGAUUCAGAUCGUAGAGAGGGAGAAGCGAUCGAUCGAUUGAUGGCGUCUUCGGAAUCAUUCGUCGGGUUGAGGAGAGCCGACGGCGUCUGCGGCAUCGGCCUCCACCAAGUCUCUGGCCUUCGCCGUCCUUUCUCCUCCUCCGCUGCCCAAAUUUCCAUCUGCCGCCGGAGUUACCUUCCUCCCAAGAGGCUCGAGGUACGAGCUGGUGGAGAUAAAUUUGGAAAGCACUUUGAAGUUUCAACCUAUGGUGAAUCUCAUGGAGGAGGUGUUGGUUGUGUUAUUAGUGGAUGCCCCCCAAGGAUUCCUCUCUCCGAGGAGGAUUUGCAAUUUGAACUUGAUAGAAGGAGGCCAGGUCAGAGCAGGAUAACCACUCCAAGAAAAGAAACAGAUACUUGUCGUAUUCUCUCAGGAAUAUAUGAUGGAAUGACCACUGGGACUUCUAUCUGUGUAUUUGUACCAAAUACAGAUCAAAGAGGACAUGACUAUAGUGAAAUGUCAAUGGCAUACAGGCCUUCUCAUGCAGAUGCAACAUAUGACUUCAAAUAUGGUUUGAGAGCAGUACAGGGAGGUGGUAGAUCAUCAGCAAGAGAAACUAUUGGUAGAGUUGCUGCAGGAGCUAUUGCAAAAAAGAUUCUUAAGAUGUAUGCAGGAACAGAGAUUUUAGCAUACGUUUCUCAAGUUCAUAAAGUUGUGCUUCCUGAAGGUGUUGUUGAUAAUGAGACAGUGACCCUUGAUCAAAUUGAGAGUAACAUUGUCAGAUGUCCAGAUCAAGAAUACGCUCAAAAGAUGAUUGAGGCGAUCGAUGAUGUGAGAGUUAAGGGAGACUCUGUUGGAGGCGUAGUAACUUGCAUUGCUCGAAAUGUUCCAAGAGGGCUUGGAUGUCCAGUGUUUGAUAAAUUGGAAGCUGAUAUGGCAAAAGCUAUGUUGUCUCUCCCUGCAACUAAGGGAUUUGAAAUUGGCAGCGGUUUUGCAGGUACUUUCUUGACUGGAAGCGAGCAUAAUGAUGAGUUCUACAUGGAUGAGCAUGGCAAUAUGCGGACAAGAACGAAUCGGUCUGGCGGCAUACAGGGAGGUAUAUCCAAUGGAGAAACCAUUUGCAUUAGAAUAGCUUUUAAACCAACGUCUACUAUCGCGAAAAAACAGCAAACAGUAACAAGAGAUCGACAUGAAACUGAACUCAUCGCAAGAGGCCGUCAUGACCCUUGUGUUGUCCCUCGAGCGGUUCCGAUGGUGGAAGCGAUGACAGCUUUGGUGCUGUUAGAUCAACUGAUGGCGCAAACAUCGCAAUGCGGAUUGUUUCCUGCCAAUGCUGCUCUUCAGCAACAAAUUGUUCAAGAUCCAAAUAGAUCUUUAAUCACCCCCUAGAAAUGACACAGCUGAGUAUCAAAUUCUUGCUCAAAUUAGUGACAAUAAAUGUUGUUUUUGUAGUGAAUUCUAAUAUAUUGUAUGUGCAACAUGGCAUUUGUAUGAUUUUUAACAACUUUUAUUAAUAUAUUUAUGAUAUAACACAAA